UCUUCACCACCCUUUGUUCUAUUCCCAAUGUAAGAGAGAGAACAAGUAUUCCCAAUGUAAGAGAGAGAACAAGUAGAGAAUUGGAGAGAGAGAGAGAGAGAGAGAGAGAGAGAGAGAGAGAGCUGCUUCCAACAUCUCUUGUCUGGUAAAAACUCAUGAACCAUAAACAGAAAGAAAAAAGUUUAAAACACAAAACAAAAAAAGAUAAAAAAAAAAACCAUUCCUUGGAUUUGUGCUCUUGCAGAGUUCUUGAAUCUUUUUUGAAAACUUAUCUUGUCAGACACUUUUUCACUUUGUUAAGGAGGUGAAAAAAAAAGUUAAGCUUCAAGAAAAAAAAAGGUGUAAGCUUUUUCUAAACUGCAAAUGGGAAGAGACUGCCACAAACUCGGUGGUCACGGCGGCUGCGGCGGUGGAGCAACAAUCUCUUCCUCUAAUAAGUCGUCAAAUAAAAAAACAAAUGCAGCAAAUGGAUGCAUGGCUGCUUUCUAUCACUUAUUUGAUUUCCAGCAUUUCACUUCUCAUCAUCAUCAUCACCACCUAAACAUUGACUCUCCUUCAAGGUCAAAAGGAUUGAAGUUUACAGAAGAAUCUCCACCGUCAACAACUUACAAGGACAAACAAAGUUUGAACAUUCCAGUAAGCAUGCGAGUGAGAACAGAGACAGCGACAGUAAGUUCAAGACUCAGAGCUAUUGCGACCGAUACUUCAACUUCUUCAUCUGAAAUUUGCAACUCACCAGGGAGCAAAACACCAAACUUGGUGGCUAGACUAAUGGGUCUUGAUCUUCUUCCUGAUAAAACAAACCUUAACCAUUCUUCACCCACAAAUCUUCACACAAUGACCUACCCUGGAUCAAGCCGUCUCACAAGUUCCAAGAAAGGCACACGCUUGGGUACCAGAUCUUUACCGGAGAGCCCUAGAAUCUCCUCUGCUCGUAAAUCUGAUUUCGACAUUCAUCGUCUCUCUCUUCAGCUGAACAAGCAUGAAGAAUUUGGUUGUUCAAGGCUGAAAGUGAUGAAACAAGACCAGGAGGAGAAUCGGAGUCCCAGAGAUUACGCGAGACAGAUUGUGAAACAGAUCAAGGAGAGAGUCGUCACCAGAAGAGUCGUCGGUAUGGAUAUAACAAACUCGGUGAAGAACAGAGAGGCGAGACCAUGUAAUGAGCUUAGAAGAGACACGACAGUUUCUUACUCACCAAGAACAAGGUUUUCAGAUAAAGAGAACAGAACAAGCGCCGGGCUUAAACCAAACUCCUCAUCUUCUUUCAGACCAGAACAAACCACACAGAAGUCGAAGCCGACGCCGAAGCCGAAGCCAACGACGGUGAUACUAGUUCCAGUGUCGAAAGCCUCCAAAGAGAAACAGAACAAGAAAAGAGUAAAACAAAGGGAGCUUAGACCCAUAAGCCAAUGCAAGAAGGCGGAGAGUGAAACAAGAUUCUCUCCACGUCCCAUCAAGCCUUCUCCAACAGAAGAUAUUCGAAUAAAGCCGCAAGAGAGAUUCUUGUCUGAAUCAACAGACGCUAAAGCUAAGGUUUACAGUAAUCCUUUACAGAAGAAGAAGUUCAAGAAAACCCCAAAGUCAAGUGAUCUUGUCAACAUCUCUGCCACAGAACCUCCUCAGAAACAGAUCAACGAAACCGUAGGAGAAGGAACGAAAUCGAAUGAAGAAGCAUCGAUAUGCUCCAGUCUCAUGCACAAAAUCGAGGAGAUCAGUCCUCAAGUAGCGAAGAAUUUCAAAUUCGACGAUGCAGCCGCAGUUUCAGGAGUCGUAAUCGAUUCUGAACAAGACUACAUCACAAGAAUAAUGAAACUCGCGAGAAUCAACACUGACUUAGUCGUUUCCUCUGCAACAAUGCUCGAUCCUUCGAUUUUCCAGAAACUAGAGCACUCAGGAGAAAAUCAAUCGGGAUCGUUGGCUCUUAGAUGCAAUCGAAGGCUUUUGUUCGAUCUAUUCAACGAGAUUCUGAUGGAAACUGUGGAACGACGCCGUAACUAUCAUGUAUCGGAGCUUAUCGGCGAGCUCUGUUCCGAUGUAUCGGGAUUUAGCAGUAAGCGUUGUCCAGUUCCAGAAGAUGUCGCUUCAGUGGAAUUUGAUCGUCUUCUACAGACGAAGAAGCUUGAAGAGGAAGGAGAAGAAGAGAUCAUCGCGGAGAUUGAGCGGGACAUCAUAGACGCGCUCGUGGGAGAAACGGCGUCGGAGUUGGGAUAUUCACCGGGGAAGAAUCAAAAUGACGACGGAGGGCAACGGAGUUGUUGAGUGAUUUAGUUUAUGGGCCUAUAAGAUUAUAUAUAAUUUUCUUAAUUGGGCUGAUAAUAUGCGACGAGUUAAGUAUUAGAAUAGUGUCUUUAUUAGGCCAUUUGUAUGUUAAUCUUGUAAUUCCCAUAGGCCAUUGAUUUUUAUAUUUAUGAUGAUGAUAAUAUAAUAUAUGAAUCAUUAUACUUUCUUGGAUGAAAAAAUAGAUCAUUAUAUUUUUCUUUAGAAA